AUGGACCCAUUCGCCAAGCUUUCUCAAGAACACAUUCUCCGGAUCUUCACACAUCUCAAAGACUUUGACGAAGCUUUCAAGGCCAUACGGGCAUCACCGGCAUUGUUUCGCCAGACUGCGAGCUGCGUAUGUCUACACGACGCUUUCAUCAAGAGAUACCUACCUGGCGAUACGAUUCAAGAUGCCUUGGCAAUCAUACAGUUCCCGAGGCAAGGUAAUCACAGCCGAGCUGCCUUGAUCCAAGCGCACCUGAUGGCAUGGGGAGCCCACGAGCUGAUUAAUCCCUGCCGCAUAAAGCAUCCAGAUCUCGCGAAAGUAAGGGAGCUUCAUGGCUUUUGCCGGCGACUCCGGGCUUAUAUUAACGACUACCUCUCCAAGGCCACGAGUCCACAUCUCCCAUGGGCAUUCCAUCGUCUUCCCGCCUGGUCUCACUCAUACUAUAUAAAUGUUUCUUUCGUCGACGCGACGCAGACGCAGGGAUAUAUCAGCGCAUUUAACGCGGAUGACUUGAGCUAUAAGACGCGCCUCAAGGUCUACAAAGCCUUCAUGCAAUACGAGAUUCUUUGCAAGGUUUAUGGGCCUACUUCGGAGGAGCCUAACUCGCCAUACCCUGGAGCUGUCGCUCUAGACGAUUCGUCGGAACGUCCCAGUUACUUACGGUCUUGGAACUGGAAGCUUCUUUCGAGAUACCGACCACGAGACUACACUUUGGUUGACGUGUCUUCGCUAAAGUGUGUUCGGGAGUACAUCAUCACUGUCUACGAGGCAAUGCUAGACCACGGACUCCCGUCUGGGAAGUUCAUCGGAGCGACUAAUGAGAAUCCCUGCAGGUAUAUUGACCCCAAUGCUGUCAGCGUCAUGCAAGAUACGGACGACAGAAGGAUGGAAUCUAUCUUUGAAAUUUUGAGCAGUCAGCAUAUUUCGUGGAUGCGUCGGGGAGGUCGCUCAUCUGACUACGGAGAUUGGUAUGGCAUACUGCUAGCAUUUCUAUCCUCCGCAGGGUUCAAUGCUGUCCACAGCAUGCUAGCCAUGAGGUACGGCGACUUCAAGAAGACUAUUAAGCACCUAUUCGCCGAAUUUCCGGAACACCUACCUCACAAAGGAAAUACAACACACGCGAACGGCAAAGGCGUCGGCUGGGAAGUCUGCGAGGAGAUGAGACUCUAUCGGCAGCGAGCGUGGGCGUUAUUGCGUGCAAAUGAGCGGCGCGGACCGCCGCUACCGUCAGUAGAGCCCAAAGAACCCGACGUGGACAUAGAUGAUGAUUCGGACUUGACAGAAGAUGAUCUGGACUCGAUAGGAGAUGAUAUGGAUUGGACAGAAGAUGAUAUGGACUUUACAGACGACGAGGUGGACUUUACACAGGACGAGCUGGAUUCGACGGACGACAUGGACUUCACAGACGAAAAUCCGGACUCGAUUUUACUGAUGAAGGAACAGGAUAAAAGUCUUUCCAAGAGCGAGUGGACUUGUCACGGGCCAGACUAUCAUCCUUAUGAAAGUCUGGUCGGGAAGAUUUCGCCAUUCUGGGGACCAGCGUCACCAUCCCACCAGCAACAGCAACAACGUAAAGUCAUGACCAGCAGCACUGGACUAUCAUUCACUUGGUACUUGUGA